UCGACAGCAGUUUUCUCUUUGCGAAAUAACGUAAAAAUGAAACAAACCAAUGAACAAACGUUAAGAUUUCGUCUUGUCUUUGCUCUUGUGCUCAGUUCAUUCAUCAGGGUUUUUAUUGAAAAGUAGUGAAAUUUGCGUUGCUCAAAAUGGUCGUUUGCAGCAAAUUCGCUAAUACCGUGUUAGCUUCUGGAACAGGCACCUUUGUGGAAAUCCCAUCUGAUUACGGCUAUGUUGUGUUUGCUGGCAUUGCCUCAGGAAUUCUCUUGGCCUGGCAGUCAAUUCAGGUUGGAAAAAUGAGGAGGAGGUUUGGUAUCCACUACCCCAUUAUGUAUAGCCCCGAAACCACGGGUAAUGGACAGUUAUUCAAUUGUUAUCAGAGAGCUCACCAAAAUACGUUGGAGAACUAUCCACUUGUGUUGAUGCUUUUAUUUACUGGAGGAUUGCAAUACCCCAUCCCUGCAGCUCUUGGGGGUGCUGUAUGGAUUGCUGGCAGAGUUGCUUAUUCGAAGGGGUACUACACUGGAGAUCCCACGAAGCGCAUGCGCGGUUCGUUUGGCUAUCUCGGACUAGCCAUACUUUUCGGCUCAUCAAGCAUGUUCGGAGCCAAACUUCUUGGUUGGUUAUAAAAGAUCCUUGAGAACAAUGACCGACACACUUUUAGAUUUUGAAGAAUCAAAUGGGUGUUACUUGUAUCCGUUGAAUAUCCACCGUAGGAAUUACAGUCAUCUUGCUAAAUACACACGUGUAGCAUAUGAAGAA